GGUUAAAUGGCGUUUCGAAUUCAGUGUUCAGUUCAGACUAAUGAAGAUGCGUUUCAUAAUCGUCCAAGUUAGCCUCUCUUUUUUGAUCCUUGUAAGUGCUUAUUCAAAUGGGAGUCUCAAGGAUGACUUAAGGCAGGCUGCUGAAAAUACUGCGUUUGUAAUCAAAGUGCAUGAGGCUGAUUUAACAUUUGGGACAGCCAAAUCGAUUGUCGACUCCAGAGUGGCUGAUCAUGUGGAAAUCGAAAAGUUUCAAAAUUUGAUCAAGCAAUGGAUUCCUGCAAAUGAAAGUUUUGUAAUGAAUGCUACGCAACUCGACGCAUUUAAAACCAAUUUUUAUAAUUUCCUGCCUAAAGUUUCAAAAGAAGAACUUGUGAGUCGGUUAGACCAAUAUACGAAAGGAGCUAACUCCGAAAUGCAGUCCCUUGUAAAAGAACUCGUCGCAACUCAAUAUGACCAAUUCAAUAUUCGGGCCACCGGAUUGAUACGUGUCGCUAAGGAAGCUGGAUAUAUUGACAAUAACAUCGAUAUGCUAUUCGAUAAGUUUGUUCAAGCAGAUAAAUAUCAUAAGGCACACGACUUUAAUAAUUUACUGAUUUAUGUGAAUGUCAAAUAGAUUGGAUUAAUGUUAUGCUGAUUAAAAAAUUUUA